CUCCGGGGGAGGUCAACCACUGGACGGUCGCUGGCAGUUAGGGCAGCUCCAAUUGAGGUCCAGUUUAGGCCAUGAAGUGUCCGUGAGAUUUGGCGACAGCUUGAUUGCUUGCUCCUUGCCCGAGUAUCACAAAGACAACCAACCAGGUCACCACUCGAGAAUCGUCCUGCGCUAGCUGCUGUCUGCACAUUUCUACCAACAGGGCAGCUUAUCUGCAGCUUUCCAAAGAGGACACGGCACUUGAAAUCCAGGGUCGAAGCUAUAGCUGCAUAUCUCCCGAAGCUCGACAACCUACCAACAAUCCGUCCACAUCCCCAUCGCGAACCAUCAUGCUCGUCUCCCUGACCGUCGGCAAGGUCGACGCCGGCGUCACCGUUCUCCUGACUCCUGACAAGCGACUAAUCGAAUUCCCGUCUAUUCUUCUCCCACCCGACAUCUCCUCGGGCUCCAUUGUCGACGUCACCGUCGCCCGCAACGUUGCCUCAGAAGACGAAGCCGAACGCGCCUUCCGCGCCCUCCAAGACAAGAUCUUCAACGCCCUCGGUGCCGCCGAACCCAAGGCCCCCAACCUCCGCUGUCGCAAUGCCACCCAGACCAGCGUGGUCCUCGAGUGGGACCCUAUCGAUCUCGCGACCGCCGACCUGAUCAGCCUGGCCCUCUACCGCAACGGCCAAAAGGCCGGCAACAUCCCCAAACCAACCGCCAUGCACUCGACCAAGAUUUCUGGUUUAGCCGUCGACACCGAGUACACGUUCCACCUGGUGCUGCGCACAACGGCCGGCACCCUGGCUAGCGAGAAGGUCGUGGUCCGCACACACAAGAUGACCGACCUCAGCGGCAUCACCAUCACCACGGGCAUCCUUCCUCCCGCGGUCAGGGAGUCUCUGGCGCGCUCCGUGGACCGGAUUGGCGCCAAGCUUGUCGACACCGUUAGAAUCGAUACGACACACUUUGUCACCACCGAGGGCCGGGGCGUGCAAUGGGAGAAGGCGAACGAGCUCAACAUUCCCGUGGUCAGGCCCGAGUGGGUGGAGGCUUGUGAGAGGAACGGCAGGAUCCUGGGUGUCACCAAGUUCUACCUGGAUGCUGUACGGGUUGGAAUGGGACCGUCGGCGGCGGAUAUGGGAGGAAGCCCACCGAUGCAGCACAAUAGGAGUGUGUCUGCUGCGUUUUCACAGAAGGAGUUGCCGCCGCAGCCAUCGCCGCCAGUGCCGCAGCAGCAACAGACGAGCCCACCGCCUACGAAUGGGGUACGCAGUCCUGAUGUGAACAAGCCUACACCACCACCGCCUGCCGAGCCAGAGCCAGAGCCGGUGCCGGUGCCGGUGCCGGUGCCGGAGCAGAAGCAAGAGGAGGAUUUACAGCCGGUGGCACUUGAGCCUAGUGUGGAGGCGACAACAACAGAAGUGCAGCAGGAAGAUGAUACUGGGUCCGAGAAAGGAGGCGACGAGAGUGACGUAGCGUCUGAACCAGAAGACAAGGUCAAACAAGACGACGAGCAAAAGGUGCUUGCCCAUGAAAAGGAGGAACAGGGUCUGGCAGUACGACCUGCUUCUACGGUGGAAGACGCCGAGGAGAGCAAAGAGGACGAGGACGAGGACGACAACAAGGACGACAGUCUUAACCCCAAGGGAGGAAAAUCACCUGAUGGAGCGUCGUUCCAGGAUGUUGCCCUAUGACAGCUGAAGGGUUGGAACGAGAGAAGAAAGGAACAAAGAUAACGGACAGAGGGUUAGAAACGCCCAUGUACGAUUAAUAUUGCGGUCUACGCGAGGGCUGUCACAGCUUUGAGGGCAAGGAAGCGCGAGUCUGGCUGGGCUAGUCUACUUCUUGGCGGAGGAUAGAACUUUGAUGACGGAUCACGAUUGAUACAGUUAAUACACCUUACUUCAUCCUUAGAUCUUGCAGUUCCAGUGCUAAC